UCAGACCAAGACCUCCAUACAGUCACAGGCUGCACUCUUCUGGACCUAAUUGAGGCCAAUCAGGCUGCUGUGCUCCACCUGCUGCCCCCACAGCCAGCAGGCCCUGCUGUCUGUCAUCACGGGUCCAGAACCUUCCAGAGCUCAGGGAAACCAGCCGGCCAUGACGCUAGAGCUGAAAACCAGUGCUCGACUCCUGGACCUUCACUGCUCUGUGGGUCUGAUGGACUGGGACAUGCACAGGGAGCUGAAACUGCCAACGACCACCGACCAGCUCCUCCUGGAUGAGAAGCUGAAGGAUCAACAUGCGGCUGAAAGACCUUCAGCAGGAACUCUGAGGAAAUCCGACCCGUUUGUCUGGAACCAGAAAACGCCCGAUGGCUUUAAGCCCAGCCUCUGGCUGCUGGUCAAUCCCAACCUGGUCUGUCCCGUCCAGUACGAGCGCGGCGCCGCUGAAGCUGUGAGGGGCGUGGCUGAAGCUGCAGAGCGUCUCUUCACAGAUCAGCCCUCUUCUGCUCAGCGUGAGACCAAGAAAGCUGAGGCGUUUCGUCGGCCAGCCAAGAGCAGGCGCAUGGGGAGGACCACCAAGGUCAUGGACGUCAGUGCAUUGAAGCCAGGCUGUUGGCCUCGACCGCCUGUGAAUUACUGCAUCCUCAUUGCUUUGGCCCUCAAAAGCAGUCACACCGGAUGCCUUAAAGUCCAGCAGAUCUACAACUUUACCAGGGAGAACUUUCCCUUCUUCCAGACGGCUCCAGACGGCUGGAAAAACACGAUUCGCCAUAACUUGUGCUUCAACAGCAGCUUCCGCAAGACCUGCAACCAGCUGUGCAGAGACGGCAAAAGAAAGUCCUGCUUCUGGCACCUCACCCUGGACGGGCAUCGCCGCCUCAAAGACGAGGUCCACCUGCUGACGGGGGACACCCUCAAGCAGCUGCAGAGGAGCAUGUCCCAGCCAGAUACAGUUUGGAGUUUACUUGAGAUGUGACUGAAUAAACUUUGAAACUGCAUGUGCAGUUUUUCUGAGUUCAAUGGUA